GCGCGCCGAGUCCCGCGCGCCCGGGCCGCGCCAUGGCGCUGGAGGGCCGGGCGCAGUACGAGCCGGUGGCGGCCAUCGGGGAGGGCGCGUACGGCACCGUGUACAAGGCGCGGGACCGGCGCAGCGGCCGCUUCGUGGCGCUGAAGAACGUGCGAGUGCCCGGCGGCCGCGACGGGCUCCCGCUCAGCGCCGUGCGGGAGGUGGCGCUGCUGCGGCGCCUCGAGAGCUUCGACCACCCCAACAUCGUGCGGCUGAUGGACGUUUGUGCCACUGCACGGACCGAGCAGGAGACCAAAGUCACGCUGGUGUUUGAGCACGUGGACCAGGACCUCAAAACCUACCUGGACAAAGCCCCAGCUCCUGGCCUUCCCCUCGACACCAUCAAGGACCUGAUGCGGCAGUUCCUCCGUGGCCUCGACUUCCUCCACUCCAACUGCAUCGUGCACCGGGACCUGAAGCCUGAGAACAUCCUGGUGACCAGCACUGGCCAGGUCAAGCUGGCUGACUUUGGCCUGGCUCGCAUCUACAGCUGCCAGAUGGCCCUGACCCCUGUGGUGGUGACUCUGUGGUACCGGGCGCCCGAGGUGCUGCUGCAGUCCACGUACGCGACGCCCGUGGACAUGUGGAGCGGCGGCUGCAUCUUCGCUGAGAUGUUCCGCAGGAAGCCACUCUUCUGUGGUAACUCCGAGGCUGAUCAGCUGGGCAAGAUCUUUGAGCUGAUCGGGCUGCCCGUGGAGGACGAGUGGCCACGGGACGUGGCAGUGCCACGCUGUGCCUUCCCCCCACGGCCCCCACAGCCCCCACAGGGCUUCGUCCCCGACAUGGAGCCGCUGGGGACACAACUGCUGCUGGCAAUGUUGACCUUUGACCCCCAGAAGCGCAUCUCUGCCCACGCUGCCCUGCGGCACCGGUACCUGCAGGGGGGGGGGCGAGGCCUGAGGGGCUGGGGGGGGGUCCCACAUCACCCCCCCCAGGGGCACAGACACCCACCCACCACAACCCCCCCCCUCCCCAGGGAGGAGCAGGAUGUGCCCCCCCCACCCCAGCCCAAAAUCCUCAGGGAGGGGGGAUCCUGGUGCAAGGAGGUUUUUUUGGGGGGGGGUGUUGGGGGGGUUCAGGGAACAGCAUCCUGA